AUCUUAUCAAUGAUUAUCUUAUUUGGCAACACAACAACUUUAGUGACCAUUGCUCGGGUCAGGUCUCUACAGACUAAAUCAAAUGCCUUUUUGGCAUCUCUGGCUGCAGCAGACAUCAUGGUGGGCCUCGUCCUGAUCCCUUACGGUCUAUGGCUUGUUCCGGACAUACGUGACCAAUUUGACCAGGCAGUGGCCAUGUGCAUACUUAUAAUAUCUGCGGGAUCUUCAGCUAUCGUGGUGAGUAUACUGAACAUGUUGAUGGUGGCCUUGGACAGACUCAUCUAUAUCAGCCAUCCUUUCUUGUACCAGCGUGUCGUAACUAACCAAGUCACAGGAGUGGCCGUCAUCCUCCCGUGGGCCAUCGGCCUCUCGUUUGGUAACUGCCAAUGGUUCAUAUACACCCCAAAGACAUCUCCACCACAAUGUGUGGCCAAUAAGAUGCUACCAAAAUCUUAUUACAAAUACGCCGCAACACUAUGUUAUUUUAUUCCUUGCCUGGCCAUUUUUAUUAUAUACAUCAAAAUUGCAUGGAUAGCCAGACGACAAGGGCUCGCCAUUAAAAAAAUGAACGCCGUGCGGCCUUUUCAUGACAAUUUUGACCGUUCUAACCAAAGCAAACUUCCAAAAUUGAGUGAGAAAAAUUGGAGAGCUGCCAAAAUGAUGAUGACGGUGUUUGGUGUUUUCUUCAUCAGCUGGACUCCACGGUUUGUCAUUCACGCAGUGCCUGAUGACGUCCUCAACACCUAUGUCCCUGAGUUGGUCUACAACCUCGCCAUGAUGCUGGGACUCCUCAAUUCAGGGGUCAACUUCCUCAUCUAUCCACUGCACAACAAGCAGUUUCAACGAGUUUUUAAACAAAUCUUUUGUUUCUGGUCGAAAUCACAGCAAUGGAGGAAACAGUACCCA